AAAAUUGACAAUUUAAUUGUGAUUUUCUAAUUAAUCUCAAUAGAUUAGCAUUUACACUGAGUUUAUUAGCUGAAUGAGUUAAUGUAUUAUUAUUGCUGUUUAAUUGUUUCGUUUCAUUUAGUGUUUUCAUAAAACCGGUCAUAUUAUUUUUGAUUGUUUACCUUUUUACUUGAUUGAAUUUUUAUAUUUCUAUCAAUUUAAAUUGUUUUAAUUUAUUGAAUUUUGUUGAUUUUGGAAAUGUUUCUUGAAGGGAUUAUUGGAAUCACAUUAAUUGUUUAUGUUUUCAAUCUGGUUUAUGGUAAAUUGCUGAGAGGACGUAAAAUCAAUGGGAUCAACGAAAAAGCCGUAAUGGUAACUGGAUGUGAUUCUGGACUUGGCUUGGAAAUGAUUAAACAUCUUAAUUCAAUUGGAUUUGUAACAAUUGCCACUUGUUUAAAUUGUAAUUCCAAAGGAUAUCAAGAAUUAAUCACCAAAGGCGAGAGGUGUAAAGUAAUUAUCAUGGAUAUAACCAAAGAAGACCAAGUAAUUGAAACUUUCAACGAAGUGAAAAGUUACUUGAAUCAAAUGGGAAUUGAUGGUCUUUAUGGUUUAGUUAAUAACGCUGGUGUUUUGAUAAACGGUGAAUUUGAUUGGUGCACUUGGCCUCAGAUCAAGAAUCAAAUUGAUGUUAAUUUAACUGGUCCAAUACAAUUAACCAAAUUAUUUAUCGACGAUAUUGUAAACAAUCAAGGAAGGUUAAUCUAUGUUACCAGUUUGGUUUCUACUGUUCCGUUUCCGUUAUGUUCAACUUACUGUUCGACCAAAAGUGGCCUUUCAAUGUUUGCCGAAGGUCUUUCAGCGGAAUUAGAUCGAUUCGGUGUUAAAAUUAUUCUUCUACAACCAGGAGAUUUUACUAAAUUAACUAAUAUCGUUCAAGUGACUGUUAAAGCUUCAACCAUGAUGAGAGAUUCAUUUAAUGAGAGGAAAAAAAUUCUCUAUGGUGAUUAUUUUUCACAAUAUUAUUCGAACAUGAUUAAGGAUCUUGGAAUCAUUUCUUAUGACAAUUACCGAGAUUCAUCUUUAAAUCAUGAUAUUGAAGAAGCUCUGACAUCAGUUAAUCCUCGAUUAGUUAUGGUCCAAUCAUUCCUAUGGUAUCAGAUAAUCAUCAAGACGAUUAGUAUAUUACCAAGAAAUUGGAGGAUUAAUAUUUCCAAAUUUGUUCAAUAUUUAUCUCGAAAGAAAUUGAUUAACUCAGAUGAGCAAGUUAAUCAGUGAUUAGUAAUUUUUGAAAUGUUAUUGAAAUAACGAUCGACUGAUUUGCAAACACUUUUAAGUUUAAUUAUUUCUAUACAAAAUUGUAUUUAAUUGUUGAAUCUGCGUUUUAUUUACAAAUAAACACAGAGAAUUAAUAAAUUUGGUCAAGUGAUCAAAAUAACGUCGAUGUUUGGAUGUUUUUUGCAUCUCAUGCCAAUGUCUAUUCAAAUUCAUGGGAAUGUUGAUUAUGAUUAAUACGCUAACAGUAAAUUAAGUAUAAAUAAUCACAAUCAUUGGAGAAAAGGAAAAUCAAUC